AGAACUAACUACAACCAAGACAUGGCAAAGUACGGUUCUGGCAGGGGUAUAAAACGAUCAUGGCUAAUUGAGCUUGUGGUCCUCGUCGUGACGGGUGGGUUUAUUGUGUUUACCGUGUCGCAAUCAUCGAAGGAGAUCUCCGAAGUGUUACCAUACAUUCCUAAUGAAAAGAUCUUUAAUUUCCUCUCGAACGAAAACGAAAAGAACCAAGAUCUAUUGUUGGCCAAAAUUGAAAAACUCAACAGGAAGCUCUUCCAGGAACAGCAAGCACGUUUGGACGAGCUCGAGAAACAACAACGAUUGCUCUUGAAGGAAAUCAAGAGCUUGAAAUCACCACCGGCCAAGGCCAGCCUCAGAGAUAAAUUAGUCUACCUUUAUCCUUAUGAUCCACAAGCAAAGUUCCCGGCAUACAUCUGGCAAACAUGGAAACACGGAUUGAACGAUGAAAGGUUUGAUGAGAAGUAUAGACAGGGUGAGUCACAAUGGGCAUGGAAGAAUCCAGGUUUUGUCCAUGAGUUAUUCAACGAUGACACUGCACACACCAUGAUUAGACAUUUGUACAAGCAGAUCCCUGAAGUUAUUGACGCAUUUGAAAGCUUGCCUGAAGUUAUCUUGCGCAUGGAUUUCUUUAGAUACUUGAUUUUGUACGCCAAGGGUGGUGUAUAUGCUGACAUUGACACUUUCCCCUUACAGCCUAUUCCUAACUGGACUCCUGAAAACGUCAGCCCUACAGAUAUAGGUAUGAUUGUUGCCAUAGAUAUUGAUUCCAGUUCACCUAACUGGAGACAAGAGUCUGCCAGACGAUUACAAUUCGGACAGUUUGUAAUCCAGGCCAAGCCAGGCCAUCCAGUGCUUCGUGAAGUCAUAUCCGAAAUUGUGGAACAAACCCAAUACAAGAAAACACAAUUAAUGGAAAAUGACAAGUUAAAAUUAACGGGAUCAUCCAACCAAAAGUCGCUCCAGAUUUCCAAAUGGACUGGGGGAGCAUUAUGGACCGAUGUGAUCUUGAAGUACUUGAAUGACUACAUUCAGUCGUCCAUCUAUCAAACCAUAACUUGGCAAGAUUUCCACGAUUUGGAAAUACCAAAGUUGGUGAGUGACAUCCUUGUCCUUCCGAUCAAAUCGUUUGCUUCUGAAUUGGAGAUCCCUAAGGAUGGAAAAAUCCAAGAUCCGUUAGCAUUUGUCAAGCAUUACUCGGCCAAGAUUUGGAAGACUACGUGAGUUUUUGUGCAUAUAUAAUUUGUGUGUUUAAUUAAUAGAAUUUUUUUUU